AUGGGUGGAAGAAAGGAUUGGGUUUGGUUUGUAUUUGUGUUGGUUGUGGUGAAUUUGGAUGAAGCCAAUGCCAUAAGGUGUAGGGAUAUUAUUGAAAUAGGUGUUGUUACUGAUCAAAGCUCGAGGAUUGGAAGGCAACAAAAGAUAGCCAUUGAGAUGGCUCUUCAAACCUUCCAUUUUUCAACCUCCUUUCCAAAAUUGAAGCUAUUUCAUAAAGAUUCAAAUGGCAACUCGGCUAGAGCUAUGACUUCUGCCCUGGAUCUGAUUAGCAACAACAAAGUGAGCACAAUUCUUGGAGCAUUUACAUUACAAGAAAUGCAAAUAAUGUCUGAAAUUAACACAAACUUUAUUGAUAUUCCCAUCAUAUCCCUCCCAAUUGCUGCUUCUAUUCCUCCUCCGCUUCUGUUCCCACCGCCAUACUUUUUUCAAAUGGCUCACAACAUCACAUUUCAUAUGCAAUGCAUAGCCGCCCUUGUUGGUCAUUUUCAAUGGCAUAAAGUUGUUGUCAUCUACGAGAACAAAAACGACAUGUCGUUCAAUAUGGAGGCUUUGACUCUCCUCUCCAAAGAACUUGGAGUUUUCCAUGCAGAGAUUGAGCAAAUAUCAUCCUUCUCUUCCUCAUAUACAGAAGAUAUGAUUGAAGAAAAGCUCAAACAUCUUAUGGGCCAUGAGAGAAACAGGGUGUUCGUUAUGGUGCAAUUUUCCAUUGAAUUGGCCAAACUCCUUUUUCACAAAGCAAAUAAAUUGAAGAUGAUGGAAAAUGGAUUUGUUUGGAUUGUUGGAGAUGAGAUAUCAAGUCAUCUUGAUUCUUUGGAUUCAUCUAUUUUUAAUGACAUGCAAGGUGUCAUUGGUUUUAGAACUUAUUUUGACAAUAACAAAGAUUCUUUCAAGAAAUUCAAAAGCAAAUUCCUUAGAAAGUAUGUUUUGGAAUAUCAUGAUCAUCAAGAGGAGGAUAUCAAAAAUUGGGAGCCCACCAUCUUUGCCCUUCGAGCUUAUGAUGCAGCAUGGGCAGUGGCCCUUGCCAUGCAUAAAUUGGAAGCAAAUUUUACCAACAAACAGUUAUUGAAGGAAAUUUUAGGGAGUGAAUUUGAAGGGGUUAGUGGAAAAAUAGGAUUCAAGAAUGGUGGUUUAAUGGAACCACCAACUUUUGAAAUCAUUUAUGUGGUGGGUAAGAGUUAUAAAGAGAUGGGAUUUUGGAGCGAGAAGGUUGGAUUUUUCAAGAAUUUGAUCGAAAAUGAAGAAAUGAGCAGUAUUAUUAUUGAUGAAAGAAGAAGUAGAAAUCAUAAUAAUAAUGGUGUUUUGGAAUUUCCAAGGGUUGUUCUGUGGGAAGGGAAUACAGAAACAGGAUUAAUUAAAAGACGGAUUAAUGUUGAUAAUUAUAAUUCUGGGGUGAUUGGAAGGACAUUAAGAAUUGGUGUUCCAGCCAACAAUACAUUCCGAGAAUUUGUGAGAGUUUCUUAUGACCACAUAAAUGGAAUGUACAUUUCUGGAUUUUCGAUUACUGUUUUUGAAGCUGUCGCAAAAAACUUGCCUUAUCCAUUGUCGUAUCAGUUGGUCCCCUUCAAUGGCUCUUAUGACGGAUUGGUAGAACAAGUCUACGAAAAGGGUUUGGAUGGUGCGGUAGGAGAUAUCGGAAUAUUUGCAGACCGAUUUCAAUAUGUUGAUUUCACAGAGCCAUAUUUGGUGUCUGGGCUUCUUAUGAUAGUGAAAGAGGAGACAAAGAAUUGGAAAGAAAUAUGGGUAUUCAUGAAAACAUUUACAACGACGAUGUGGAUAAUUUUGCCAGUCUCCCAUUUGUUCAUAAUCUCUGUUGUCUGGCUUGUUAAAGAAGAAAGUGAGGAGUUAUCAGGAUUCGGGGAAAUGCUAUGGUUUGCAAUAACCGUCAUCUUUUAUGCACAAAGAAAAGAAGUGAAAGGUUUUCUAGCUCGAUUGGUGUUAGGGACUUGGUUGUUCGUAAUUCUUGUGGUAACUUCAAGUUUUACUGCAAGUCUUACAUCUAUGAUGACAGUUUCAAGAUUUGCUCCAUCAGUUGUUGACAUUGAAACAUUAAGGCAAACAAACGCAACUGUGGGCUGCAACUAUCAUUCUUUCAUCAUGAGAUAUUUGAAUGAUGUCUUGAAUAUUUCUAAUGCUAAUAUUAUGACCCUUGUUGGCAUUGAUGACUAUCCAAAGGCCUUUGACAAUGGAGAAAUUCAAGCAGCUUUCUUCAUAACUCCUCAUGCUAAGGUCUUUCUUGCUAAGUAUUGCAAAGGCUACACCACAGCAGCUACUUUCGAUCUUGGUGGCAUUGGUUUCGCUUUUCCAAAAGGGUCAACUCUAGCGGUGGACGUAUCGACAUCGAUCAUUGAACUGAUAGAGAGAAGGAAGAUGCCACAAUUAGAAACAACGUUGUUGUCCACCUUCAAUUGUUCUUUAGGGAGCCAAGUUGAUGGGUCGUCGAGUUUAGGGCCUUGGCCUUUCGCAGGUUUAUUCAUCGUUUCAGGAAGUAUUGCUACUGUAGUAUUGAUAUAUAUUGCUCUUAAACGGCUUAAAAAUUGGUGGCGCCGUGGACGUGCACAAGUCAAACCCAUGAACAAUGGCAAUGGCCAUACACAACCAAAUAUUGUAAUUCAAUUGCCAAACCUAGCCAACUUAUAA